CGCCCCGCCGCCGUUUGGGCCUCGGCGGCCGCCGUCAUCACAUGAUGCGACCGGAAGCGGGCGGCUGUGGCGGGCGGCGGCGAUGGCUCCGGAUCGCUGGCUCCCGCUGUACGAGGCCACUUGCCAGGUCGCCCAGGAGAUCGCGGAGAAAAUCCAGGAGCGCAACCGGUACCAGAGGAACGGGGAGAGUUCAGCCAAGCUCAAUGUGAUUAUCAGAUCGUCGCUGCAGAAUCUCAGGGAGAAGAUUGAUCAGCUGAAGGACUUACUGCUUCGGGCUGUAGCAACACACCAGAUCACCCAGCUGGAGGGAGACAGGAGGCAGAAUCUGGUGGAUGACCUUCUCACACGGCAGAAGCGACUUCAAGCAUCUUAUAAGAAUGAAGGCACAGAACCAGAUGUGUCAAGAUCUAGCCUAAUGACUGGAGGGGUCAAACGAGGUGUAACCAACCCGUGGCUCUUGGAAGAAUCUGAGGAAACCAGAGGGCUUGGCUUUGACGACCUCAGGCAGCAGCAGCGAAGGAUCAUUGAAGAGCAAGAUGCUGGACUCGAUGCUCUUUCUUCAAUCAUAUCCCGGCAGAAGCAAAUGGGGCAGGAAAUUGGGAAUGAACUGGAUGAACAGAAUGAGAUCAUUGAUGACCUCACUAACCUGGUCGAGAACACGGACGACAAACUUCGCAACCAGACGCGUCACGUGAAGCUGGUGGACAAGAAAUCAACCUCCUGUGGCAUGCUGGUGGUGAUCGUGCUGCUGCUGGUUGCCAUCGCCGUGGUCGCGCUCUGGCCCACGCACUAGCGCAGCGCCCGGCGGAGCUGCCCACGGAGCCCUCGGUGCACACACCUCCUGUCACCUCCAUGGACUCAGCUGUGGGACAGCAAAGCUGUGCCCAACAGCCCCCACUUCACCCUGCAGCACACAGCAGGGUCAGCUUUGGACAGGACUGUCCUCCCGGCUCGGGCUGCGGUGGGGAGGCUGCAGCUGGCUCUGCUGGGGAUGCUCCCUCCCUUCAGACUGAAAGUGCUUUGCAGCUGGGUGCUGGCAGGACGGGCAGUGAGCCUCACAGAGCCCUGCAGCGAUGUGCAGGACCCCAGCCCCUGGGGACAGGGAUCAGUGGUGUCUCCUCCAAGUAGCAAGCAACGGGUCUGGAGUGGGAAGCUUUGCCCACGAGGCACGUGUGCUCUCUCUGUGGCCUCUCCAUGCUCUGCCAGGCUGACUGCAGGAGGUGCUUUGGCAUUCCUUUACUAAUGCCCACCCUCAAGGUCUUGCCUCUUUCCUUUGUAACCUUCUGCACGCUGUUAAAACCAUGAGGAGGAAUCACCUGUGUCAAAACUAAUGAAAAGGGAGUAUUGGGUGUUUGCUUCUGGCCAACACAACCAGUUAUUUUGUGAUACCUGCCAGGUUGGUUUCAGAAUUGAUAGAGCAAGCAAUAACUGUUGAAUAAAAGCUGAUCCAUUUAUAUACAA